GAGGGCGGGGCUGCGGCUAACAACGGCGAGCUGCCCGAGUCGUCGGUACCUCAGUUCAAUCCACUGACACAAACACACCCGGCCGGAAUCAUGUCGCUCGUCUGUGCUGUUCUGAGUCGAAAUGUUUUGGCCGCUAGAAAUUCUGGCUUGAUGGCGGUGACGCGGUACGUUCAGACUGCAGCUGCUCCGGCCACCGAACCGAGAAUCAAGAAGUUCCAGAUUUACCGCUGGGACCCCGACACCUCUGGAGACAAGCCACGAAUGCAGACAUAUGAAAUUGAUCUAAACACCUGUGGUCCAAUGGUUCUGGAUGCCUUAAUUAAGAUCAAGAAUGAGAUUGACCCCACGCUCACAUUUAGACGCUCCUGCCGUGAAGGUAUUUGCGGCUCCUGUGCCAUGAACAUCAAUGGAGGCAACACGCUGGCGUGUCUUAACAAAAUUGAUACAAACACGAGCAAAUCCACCAAAAUUUACCCACUCCCACACAUGUAUGUGGUCAAAGAUCUGGUGCCUGAUAUGAGCAACUUCUAUGCACAGUACAAAUCCAUCGAGCCCUACCUGAAGAAGAAGGAUGGAGCACAAGAAGGGAAGGAGCAGUAUUUCCAGUCAGUGGAGGACAGGCAAAAACUGGACGGCCUCUACGAGUGCAUCCUCUGUGCUUGCUGCAGCACCAGCUGUCCAAGCUACUGGUGGAAUGGAGACAAAUACCUGGGACCUGCUGUCCUCAUGCAGGCAUAUCGGUGGAUGAUUGACUCCCGUGAUGAAUUCACAGAGGAACGUCUGUCUAAACUUCAGGACCCCUUCUCUCUCUACCGCUGCCACACCAUCAUGAACUGCACUAAGACUUGCCCCAAGGGACUCAACCCAGGAAAGGCAAUUGCAGAGAUCAAGAAAAUGAUGGCGACUUACAAAGAGAAGAAAGCAGCAGCCUCAUGAACAUCUGAAAACCCUGCUCGCUCAGGAUGAACUUAAGUCAGGACGGGGGAGAAGGGACGUCCAGCACCUUUUAUGAUAUUCAUGAGUGUUUGGAUAUGUGGGAGUGUGACUGUAUAAGGGAGAAUUUAACAGGAAAAAAAGAUGAUGGAAGUUCCAAGCAAAAAUAUUUUGAUUGAUUGAACAUGUUGGAUGACAUUUCUGCUUUUUGUGUGCAUAGUGAUGUUGUAAUUACUCUCAUGAAUUGUAUUCACACUGUAAAUAUUUAUUUUUCUGUUAAUUAAAGUUAUGCUGAUCUCAUUAAGGAAGUCAAAUAUAAGUAUUUGCAAGAGGAAAGGACACACCCAUACGCUUUUGUUAAUUGCCUUUGCAACCUAAAUGACAAUAAACAGUACUGAAGGAUCCAA